AUGAGUGAAGAAAACGGUUCCUUGGUCGAGUCAUCUAAAAGAAAAACAAUUUGGAAAAACCCUUAUGAUGAAAACCAGGAUAAAUAUAAAAUCAUUAGUCCGUUAAUUGAUGUAAUUGGACAUCAGAUGUACGCCAUAAAUACUUGUUACAAUGUUCAAAGUUAUAUUACUAUUACUGAAAGUGAUAUAGCACAAAACAAAGAGAUCGUUAAGGUAUCUGAUCAAGUCGCCGGGAUAUUGUUCGCUGCUGUUGGUUAUCGUAAUCAUCUGAUCGAUAUUACUUGCUCCAUUGGUCUACUUAAUCAAGGAAUGGAGAAAUUUUUAAAGUUCUACAAUUAUUCAUCAACUCCAACAGAAUUUCUUCAUUAUGUAAAAGAUCCAAUAGAAGAUCUAAUUGAAAAAGUUACAAAGUUAGAAAAUUUUAGUAAUGAAAAUUAUAAGAUUCUUGAAAUAAACCUUCGUUCGUAUCUAGCGAAUUCUGGUUCAGAAGGAUUGGAAUUAAUGGUUAAUGAUAAUGUGAAAAAGCAACUGGAAAUAAAUAAAUUACAAAAAGAAUUGGAUGAACUUCAAGAAGAAGCAUACAAUGAUUGGAUUAAAUAUCGUGAAGAUUUCGAAAAACUUGUAGAAGAAGUUAAGACAUUAGAAUCACAAAGUGAAUCUAUUGAAGAAGAUUUGGAAGAUAUUCGAAAACAAAUAAAGGAUUUGAAUGAAGUCCGGGGAAAAUAUGAGCAAAAAUAUCAAGAAACGAAGAGUAAUAGAAAACAAUUCUUUAUUUUUUCUAAUGAUAAUAAAGUUUAUAAAGACUAUAAAAAUAAGAUGAAACAUGCAGAAGGACAAAUCGACUUAAUGAAAUCUCAAAAAAAGGAACAAAACAAAAUCGAAUCACAAGAGGAUAAAAUCAAAAAAUCAAGUGAAGAAAAUGAGAAAACCUCGAAAAAAAUUGGAGAAUUAUGCGAUAAAGCUGGUACAACAUCAAUCGGAGCGGCUAUCGAACUGCUAAAGGCUAUUUCAUGCCUUACUCAACAAGAUACAAAUACAACCAGUUACUAUAAAAUUGCUUGUAAUCCCAUCAAAACUUUACUUAAAGAAAUUGAGGGACAUCUGCAAACCCUUGUAAAGCUUUCUGGUAAUAAAGAAAUUUGCGAUAUGAUUGUUAAGGAUAUUGCUGAAAAAUUGACUCCAAUUCAAUUUGUGGUUAAAAUUAUUCAACCUGCUAUAACUAAAACUUUGCAAGGCAAAAGUUUAGUUCAUUCCGAAAAGAGGGAACCAUUACAAAUUAGUUAUUCAUAA